CGUAGGGGGAGGUAGUGACCGAUUCCUCGUCUUGCGUUCGAAAUUCGGAGAGAGACAGAGCGCUGAAGAAUGAGAGAGGCCCACAGCCAUGCAGAGGUGCACGAGCGGGAGAGGAGAAAGACGGGGGUUUUAACGGUGCGACAGGAGGUGUGUGUGCACGAGAGAUUUGCACAGACGAGGAUAGGACGGCCUUCGAAAGAGAGGAGCUUGAAGAUUUGUUUGGCAAGCUAUCCUUGUCUUGACUCGUUAGUGUUUUGCUGAGCACAUGGUAAUCAUCGAGUGGAGGAAGGGACGGCACAGGUGUCCGGUCAAAAGUCGGAGGAGGAGAGUCGGAAGGCCGGAGGCAAAGAUAUGAAAUGAAAUGAAAGGUCUGUUAGACCUUGUACAGAACAGCUGCUGGCUCUUGGGAAAGAAAGACUUGUGCAGAGACUUCAAGAAGUAGGGAGACCGAGACAGUGAAGGGUCUGAAGAGAUUAGGCACCAGAGGAGGAAUAAUCGAUAAUAACCAUGGAUGAUCGUCAUGAAGCUGCGCAAACAUUCACCCUCUAUAACACAGCUGAUCUUACAGGUGUUGAGGUGGGAAAUUGGGUGGAGGAGAGGGCCCUGCAAAAGGAAACUGGUGUUUUUCGAUACAAGAGAUGGUGAUGGAGUCGGUGUUCCUGCCAUGAGUGAUCUGUGAAUGCCAGGAAGCCAUGACCACACAGCACCACGCUCAGCGGCACUGCUCCUAUUAGAAGGCUCUAUUUCUUCUCGUGGCAAUGGACCCAAACGCGGGAGUCGUGUGUCAUAGUAAUGGAAACGAUCAAGAAAAUCCGCAGGAACCUUCAACUCAUCCCAAGAGUCCACCGAAGUCACCUGAUGAGGAGACAGUUGGAACUCCCGAAUUUGGUCUUCAAACUGGGGAGCAGCCUGCGCCGAUUGGAAGCAGCCAACCUCCAUCAACUGGGCAAGAUUCUGUCUUACCGUCCCAACCUGUGGAUAACACUCCACCGCCCACACCUAUUGACAGUCUUUCAUCCUCCAAUCUUCCACCGCCAUUCCUCACAAAGACCUAUGACAUGGUCGAGGAUCCAGCGACUGAUGACAUUGUGUCGUGGACCCAGUCUAACACCAGUUUCGUUGUCUGGGACCCUGCGGAGCUUGCACGCGAUGUGCUCCCCAAAUACUUCAAGCACAACAAUUUUUCGAGCUUUGUGCGCCAGCUGAACACCUAUGGGUUCAGGAAAGUGGAUCCCGAUCAGUGGGAAUUCUAUAACAAGUGGUUUGUACGUGGGCAAAAGCACUUUCUGAAGAACAUCCACAGACGGAAGCCAGAGCGGAGUCAGCUCCAGCAACAUGGGAUGGGUCCAUCUUCUGUGGGCGCUUGCAUAGAGGUGGGAAAGUUUGGACUGGAGGGUGAUAUCGAGCAACUGAAGAGAGACAAAAACGUUCUGAUGCUGGAACUCGUGCGGUUGCGUCGGAACCAGGAAUUAAUGGACAAUCGACUGCAGGUCGCCAACUCGCGACUCGGGGUAAUGGAACAACAGCAGCAGACAGUUAUGGCAUUUCUUGCCGAGUUCGUUAAGAAUCCUAGCUUCCUUGCCCAAUUCGUUCAACGAAAUGACAAGGCCCAACCUCGUAUCACAGUUAGGAAGAAGCGACGGCUUCCGCCAAAGCAGAACGGUGGCCUGAAUGGCCCGGCCGAUGCCAAUUCAGGACAGUUAAUCCAUUAUCAUCAGUUUCAACCUAUGGCCCAAGACACGACUCGUGCGUCGCUGACGGAGUUGACGAAUGAUUCGGACAUUACGAGCACCCCGAUGGAUACUGCAGAGGAAGGCAUAGGGCAGCCGGACCGGAACGUUUCCAAUUCUGCGUUGGAAUCCUUCCUCAGAGACCUGAAUGCUCAUUUAGCGAAGCCUUCCAAUCAUCUACGGACCUCAGGCCUCACUCUGACAGAGGUUGGCCAACUUACCGUACCCGCAACAAUGAUGCCAACGCUUUCAAAUGGAUCGCCUGAAGCACCUGUUGCUGGCAACCACCAGGAAACCGCCUCAGGGAUGCCCGCCGGCAUGUUGCCAAGGGAUGGCAGUGCAGCCCAUGUCCCCCCCCCGCCAGAUAGCACAUCAUCAAUAACAAACGGCCCAGAGUUGAAGCAAGAGUACACGGCCACGGCCGUGGGAGCAGGUCCACUGAGUAGCGGUGGCAACCUGAUGGGUCAAUUGGUUACGGAGCCUUUACCGGAGGUCAGCACGGUCGUAAAUGAGGCUUUAGCUGUGCCGGUGGCCAACGGAGGGCGGCCGGUGGCAGCAGGCGAAGGGGCACUAAUCUGCGCCACAUCGGAUGCAUCUCCCUCACCCAUUGAUCAGGAUUUACUGUUGGAGGACUUGGGAGAGGGCCUUAUGGGAGGGGAGGGCUUGGAAGUUAUGAACCUUUUGAGAGUAGAAGAAGGUGAUCAGCAGGCUAGGGACGGUGCAGAAGCUGAUCAUGUACAUGGUACAACGGUCGGGGAAGUGGAGAUGGAUGCUAUGAACCUUUUGAGAGUAGAAGAAGAUGAUCAGCAGGUUAGAGACGGUGCAGAAGCUGCUCGUGUACAUGGUACUAUGGUCGGGGAAGUGGACAUGGGUAUGGAUGAAGAGCAGGAGAGCAAUGCUGGGGUGUCGAAUGCUGUAACACUGUUUGAUGACGCAUCAUUCUGGGCCAAUUUGUUUGCUAAUCAUUCAGAGGACGAAGAUAGUGCGCUUCCCUUAUCGAUAGAUGAUGGAGCAAAAACGGAAGGCGUCGGAUCUGCAAUGGGUGAAUCAACAGCGGCUGCGAGAGGAGACAUGAUUGAUUCGUCGGAGAUUGUGGAUCAGGAUGGGAUGGAAGAAGGGCAGACUCUCUGGUGGCUUCCGUCACAAGUAUACUCAGACCAACUUGAUAACAUUGUGGAACAGAUGGGGCAGCUGGCCCCACUUAAUCCAUCCUAGAAGGUAGAUUGUUUUCGUAUAUUCUGCUUGCGCAGCUCAAUCCAACUGCUUUGUUGCGCCCCCUUGUGGGUCGUUGAAGGAACGCGGAUCUCUGUAUCAUUUUCUCUCUUCUGCCUGGAGAGGGAGGUAAAUGCAAACUGGCACUCAGUUUCUUCCAGCCGCUGCAAGAAGUCUGGCCAGAUGUUGCGGUACAUGUCAUGAAGAGGCUGCCGCAGGGAUCUUAUACUGAGGUUGAUAGAGAGUGGUAUUGUCAAGGGGGGCAGAGAGAGGGAUAGCCUUCUUUGCAAUGUUGGCCUGUCGUCAAGGAGGCAUGGAAAGGGACAAUAUGUGUUUGCAAUGUUGACCUGCGGUCCUGUGCCAUCACUAUAUUUGUGCAGUGUACAGCGUUUUGCAGUGCUGAUGAUAAAGCGUUAUAAGGUUG